GGUCUUUAUGGGAGGGAAGGAAGGGGAAGCAGCAGUUGUAUUCACUUUGUGAUCUGAUCGCCUCCACACAUCAUUACCAGUAUAGGACCGCCCUCUACACUUCCUGGAAAACAGGGGAUCCAGCUGUGGUCAGACCAGGGGCAGUGGUGCUCUUCACGGUUACCCUAAACAGACCACCAGGAAACAUUUUUUUUUGGGGGGGUCUGUAGGCAUCUAGUGAUCCUGGAUCAUUCUGACCCUGCGAACUGUGUUAGAGCCAAUCUUCAGUAUUUUUUACCCAAAAUCUCAUGAUCUGUUUUGCUCAACAGUCAUAGGAUAGAAUAAACUUACUGUAUGGUCUUCAUAGGAUCCUUGUAUUAGUCGUCCAAGAACCUAAAAGAGGCACAAUGAAGACCGAAAUCUCGACAGCUGCUGCUUUCAUCACCAAGCUCCUCAAACAAAGCGGCUUGAUUGAGGAGAAGCAAUUGCAACAGUUCUGCCAGUCCUUGCAAGAGUCCAUGAAAGAUCAUUAUAAACAACACUGGUUUCCUCAGAUUCCAUGCAGAGGAUCAGGGUAUCGCUGUUUAAGAAUCAACCACAAAAUGGACCCCUUGAUAGGUCGUGCGGCUGGCCAUAUUGGCCUCAGCCACCACAGACUGUUCCACCUUCUUCCCAGUGAGCUCACAAUGUGGGUCGACCCAUAUGAAGUUUCCUAUCGUAUUGGAGAAGACGGAUCUAUCUGUGUAUUAUAUGACGGAUCGCCAGCGGUGGUCAAGCCUCUGGAAAGCCACUCUAGCUGCAAAGAUGCACUUCGGAUCGGACGACACAGCCCCUCCAAAAAUUACAGCAUGAUGACAGUUUCUAGUUAAAUAUGCAAUUAAAAGAGCACUUUAAUUGUACCAUUCUGUGUGUUUCCCGUUUUAACUCUUCCUUGCCUUCACGAGGUGAAGAAGACAUUGAACCGUCCCAUCCUCGGCACAUAGACCGUGUAGUACUGCCAGGCCUCUCCUUUCUUUGUGUUAAAGGCGAGCGUAGAAAUGUAAUUUGAUAUCAAAGGCUCUUAUUAGGUUUUGUGGAACUGUAUAUUGUAAAUGAAAUAUUGAGUCCAGAGAGAAUUUAUAUUUUUGGAUUACUCUUGGCUCUUUUUAAUAAAAAAAACCCCUGUAAAAUA